AUGACUACCCUGCUACUCACUGAGCAAAUAACUCGAGAAGACCGCGGCUCGGAGGGAAACUACGUCCUUUAUGGAUCCUCUCGUACCCAAAUCACCGAGGAGGCGGAAUACGUGAAAAAGGGCUCUGCUGGGCCGUUUGCUGGGAGAUGCGAGGAGGAGGAGGAGGAAGCAGGAGCCUGGCGGCGGUCAGCGGUGCAGCCGGAGGGAACGUCGGCCAGCGACGGCAGAGAGCAGCAGGGCCCUGGUGAGAAGCCUCGGCUUCGCAGCCGAAGCGAGAGGGUGUCUGGUGGUGUGACUGGGCUUCCUCUAGUCUCGGGCGAUAAACCGGAGUCGAAGAGCAGCGGCUGGAGCUGCAGCCCUGUUGCGAGGAUGAUGAAGGAAACAGAAGAGCAGCUGCUGCUGGUGAGCAGGGAGAACCAAGUGCUGAAGAUCAAGCUGGAAGCGACCAGAGAAGCAGGCGUACAGGCUCUCAGAUCUGCCUCCCAGAAACUGUACGAGAAUUACCAGGCUCAGUCAGAAGAACUGAAAAAACGCCUUGAGAAUGAGAAGCAGCAAAUCCAGGCCUACAAUCUCCAACAAGAAGAAAAGCUCCAGCAAAGCUCAGAAAACGCCAGCCGCCUCGCUGAAAGCAUCGAGGAAAAAUGCACCCGCGUGGCAGAGAUGGAGGCGCGCGUGCAAAGGAUGGAGGAGGAAAAGAAAACUCUGAUAGAGAAGAAAAGGUCAUUUGAAAAGAUGCUUCAACAGAUGAUGUCAAGGAAUGAAGACAGCAAACGGUGCCUGGAUCUCCAGAGCCAGAUUUCCACGCUGCAGGAGCAGAUCCACCACCUGCAGCGCGUGAUCCAGGCGCAGCACCACAGCCUGCGCAGCGUGAUACAGGAGGCACAGGAACUGAACAACCAACUCAGAAGCCAAGAUAAAAAAAUAGAAAACCUGACAGAAAAGCUGAGUUCACUGGAAGCGCAGAACAAAGAACUGAAAGACAGAGUGGAGUUCUGGUCUGGCCAGCCCAAGAGUAAAGUUUCAAAAGCUGUCUGGACCGACCCACCGCGAGACUUUGGAGCUUUUAGACCAUCCCCUUACCUGAUGCUCACCAGGCUAAGGAAGCAGGAGAACUAA